AGAAAACAGUGGCUGUGAGUUUUAAAAGUUGAAUAAAAAUGCACCAUGGACAUUCAACGGCGAAAAACGAUGAGAAACCAGUGACAACGUCAAGCAAUCGGUUGAGAUCGCGAGGCAUUACGGCUAAAUUUCCUGCUGCUCGAGAGGGGCAACACUCCAACAAAUACGAUUCGUCAAAGAACGACCAAUUGCGGCCACUGAGUGGAACCAGCCGAACGUGUAGAAAACCACCAUGCUCUACAAAAGGAAACAGUAGGAUCAAACGGCAGUCCGCACAGGACCGCUUGAACAAGCUCCGAGACCAUCUACAACAGGAACUGUUACAACAAAAACAUUCCCACGUUAAAUUUGAUUGCACGAAACCAAAAACGCUAGUCGCAGGUGUCCUAGCGAAGGAAUCCUGUUCACGGAAUUCGCUGGCUACCGUACGUGGGGAUGGGGAUAGUGACAUGAACGAUCCUUGUACAUUGCCAACACAGACAGCCAACACACCACCUGAACCGGUGCCCAUGGAAUGGGAAGGACUUAAGGAUCCAGCAUCGACAGAACCCACCCAGCAACCGAAUGAAAAAAUCAAACAGGAACAGAGUGAACCGUCAGUAAUUAACACUAAAACAAAAGUGACAACGAACUAUUUGGAGCAUGUAGCAUCGUUCGAUAACUACAUGUUCCUUGUCCUCGACAGUUGCGUUUAUAUGAAUGAAAUCGAUUCAAUCGUGCGAAUCUUCGAUAGCGAAGUGCCAAUUAGCAAACCUCAGCCAAUUUUGGUCGUACCGUAUAAGGUGCUGCAGGAGUUGGAAAGUCUAAAAAACAAGAAACACGAGCUGUGGCCGGCGAUCACCAAGACGAAUAACUUCCUGCAUUCGAUGCUUAAAAAACGCGACAAGCGCAUCAAAGGUCAGCGGCCAGCGGACUCACAGCUGGAGCUAUUCGAGUUGUGCUCACCGGACGAUUCAAUUCUAAAUUGCGCGUUACAGGUGAAAAAGGUGGCAGGAGCGAAAGUGGUUCUCGUGUCGGAGGAUUGCAACCUGCUGACGAAGGCCCUCGUUGGCGAGUUGAAGGCUUACAAGUGGAAGGAAUUUUGCGAACGCUACGACUUUUGACCUCGCCUUAGACAAAUGUCGCUCAGUUGU